CCAAUGUUUUUUACUUGCUUUAGUGGCUGCGGCUCCCUAAUUAAUUGCAGCUAUCUGUCUCCUAUCGAUGUGUGUGUACAUGUGUGUUGUGUGUGUGUGUUUCCUUUUUUCUCCCCAAAGCGAACAUGAAAUAGUUUGUUGGGCUAUACUUUCUUUCUUCCUCUCGUCCCCCCUUCCUUCCUUCCCGUCCUGGUUCGCAGUCCGGACACACUGAGACCCAGCUGUGUGCGUCGCUUCUGCUCGUUGCCGUUUUCCCCCCUCAGAGCCGGUGAUGUUGGAUAUGGGAGAGCGCAAAGAGGUGAAAAUGAUUCCCAAAUCGUCGUUCAGUAUAAACAGUUUGGUGCCGGAGGCCGUGAAAAACGACAACAACAACCACCAGACCCAGCAGCACCACCAGAACAUCCACCAAAACCACCUCCACCGGGCCGUCGGAGCCGACGAAGCCGAGCAGAAAGCUCCUCUCCCGGUUGCGCAGCAGGAAGGGAAACCGGAGCCUAAGAGUGAGUGUUCGGGCCAGGAGAGCUCCCCGGAGGAGAAGGAGAAGCAGGAGGAGAAGAAGGACGGGAAAGACGGAGACAGCGGAGGGAAGGACGGAGAGAAGAAGAGCGGCAAGUACGAAAAACCUCCUUUUAGUUACAACGCGCUGAUCAUGAUGGCGAUCCGGCAGAGCCCGGAGAAGCGGCUCACCCUGAACGGCAUCUACGAGUUCAUCAUGAAGAACUUUCCGUACUACCGGGAAAACAAGCAGGGCUGGCAGAACUCCAUCCGGCACAACCUCAGCCUCAAUAAGUGCUUCGUCAAGGUGCCGCGGCACUACGACGACCCGGGAAAGGGCAACUACUGGAUGUUGGACCCGAGCAGCGACGACGUCUUCAUCGGCGGGACCACCGGGAAGCUUCGGCGGAGGUCCACCACCUCCCGGGCCAAGCUGGCUUUCAAGCGGGGCGCGCGGCUGACCUCCGGGCUGACCUUCAUGGACCGGGCUGGGUCUCUGUACUGGCCCAUGUCCCCGUUCCUGUCCCUGCACCACCCGAGGGCCAGCAGCGCUCUGGGCUACAACGGGACCUCAUCGGGCUACCCGGGUCACCCCAUGUCCUACAGCACCAUGCUCACCCAGAACAUGGGCAGCAACCACUCGUCGUUCCCGUCCUCUAACGGGCUCAGCAUGGACCGGCUGGUCGGCGGGGACCUCCCGUAUGCCACGCACCACCUGACGGCGGCGGCCCUGGCGGCCUCGGCGGUGCCCUGCGGCCUUUCCGUGCCUUGUUCCGGUGCCACGUAUUCCCUGAACCCAUGCUCGGUCAACCUGCUGGCCGGGCAGACCAGUUACUUUUUCCCCCACGUCCCUCACCCCUCCAUGAGCGCGCAGGGCGGCGGCGGGGGUUCGUUGCAGGCCGCCCGGGCUUCGGCCUCCAACUCCCCGCAGGCUCCGUCCUCCUCCUCGCUGCCCUGUGACUCUCUGCGGCCGGCCCUGUCCGCCUCUCUGCCGGCCUUCUCCUCGGGACUGUCCGGGGGAUUGUCUGGGGGAUUGUCUGGGGGAUUGUCUGACUAUUUUACGCAUCAGAACCAGGGCUCGACCUCCAACCCGCUUAUACACUAACACCCCAAACCCCUCCAUUUACCUCAACCCUCAUCCACCCAUCCACCCCCCCCCCCUCCCCCAUGAAGGAGUGAAAAUCUAAAAAAGACUGGAACUGUAAGUUGAACAUUUUACACUGAACAUUCACACUGUAAAAACAAACAGAAUUAUUCUAAACUCUAGAAAAAGAGGAGAGACUAAAAGAGCAGCAGAGAAACUCUGACAGAAAGCAGCCCUGAAGUUUGCAGGUAUUUUUUAAAAUUAUUAUUAUUAUCGCUUCUCCUCCUCCUCUUUCUUCUUCUCCUCUUUCUCCUGCAGUUUGACUCUCUGUGUGUACAUACUGUCUGUUCCUGUUGUUGUCCCGGUUUGUCUCUGUAGUUCUGUCAGUCAGCGACGUGCAAUGUGAGCCGCGAGAGAGCUGAGAUCAGUGUGUGUGUGUGUGUGUGUGUGUGUGUGAUGUUGGAGGCAUUACUUUGAUAGAAUGUGUAUUUAAAAUAGUUUUUGUCUAAUUUUAAGAUUAAAAAAAGCUGAUAAUAAUAAUAAUAAUAAUAAUAAUAAAGACAAAGUCUAGUAGCCGGUGUUGGCCGCAUGUUUGCAGUAUUAUUCGGUCUCGUGCGGCGCAGAAAAGAAGCGGCCGAUUGUAUUUGACGAAUCACUAAUUUUAUAUUUCUUCUUUUUUAUUUUCUACAAAGUGAAAUGUGUGUUUUUGUUUUUGUUUUUUUAUUUUUUAAACGACUCUGGCUCCCGCCGGCACAGUCCUAAAUUUACGUUCAUUCAUUUCUCCGUUUGAAACAGUUCCUGUUCCUUCAUAGACCAAAGACUCGGUUUGUAGGAGAGUAGAGGGUCAGUGUGGAUCUGACAGAGGCCUGCUGUAGUCCUAGUGAUGAGUGAAUGAGUGAAUGAACGGAUGAAUUCUGCCUCCUUCGCUGCUGAAAAUGUCCAUUCAACGAGAUUUUUAUGGCACUUUUUUUUCCCCUCUUAAAUCGGCUGAAAUUUGUCUGGAGUUUGGUGGCGCCGAGUUUUUAAUUUAGAGUUCCCAGUGAAUGUUUGUCGGUGCAGCUGGAGGCGUUGUGCCUUAACCCGCCUCGGUUUGACAUCAAAUGUUAAAACCUCAUGAAUUAAACUCCUCACAGAAACCGGAAGCUUCAGAUUUCAGGCUGAGUUUUGUGCGUAAAUGUCUCGUUUUUGUGAUGGAUGUUUUCCGCGGUGGCAGCCUGUCAUGUACUUUUUUUUUCUCUGACUGUAAACGUGACCACCGCUCCAAACGGACGCUCACGCCUUUCUGCUUUUAUUUUUUUUGUAUAAUUAGUAAAAGAGAGAGAAAAAUGUCUAUUUGUAAUCUGAAUAUUUUGGGGGGGUUGCUUCUUUUGAAAGGAAGAAGAAAAAUGUAGAACCCCGUUUGUUUUCACAGAAGAAGAAGAAGAAAAAAAAAGCCGACUCAUUAUCUAAUACUACUUGGAAUGAUUGUCCUUUAAUUGUCGUCUCAAAACAAUUUUUCAUGGUUGUGAUACUAUUGUGGUCUUAUUCUUAUUCCCGUGUUUGUCGCUUACAGAAGUUAAAAAAGAGAAAAAAAUGUUUGAAUCAUCAAAAGUACAAAUAAAAGAAUAGGUUACAUUCAUAA